ACUGUGGUAUUUUUGGGUGUCUACCCCUCGGUGAUUUUGGCGGGAAACAAUAGUAAACAAAGCAUAAAAAACGACGGACAAGUAACGCGGGUUAUGGAAAAAUAUCUAAUAAAAAUGCCCAUUAAAUCAAAAGCAAGUGAAGUUCCUAAGGAUGAGAAGGCAGUCGUCAAACAAGGGACUCCCAAAAUAAGAAGCAAAGUAACAAAAAAUGAUACUCCAAAAGAGUUAAAAAACAAGGAAAAUGCUGGAGAAGACAAUACUCCAAAGCAAACAAAUGGAAGACUCGGUAGGCCGGCUGGCAAGCGAAAGAAUCUGGAUACUCCAGAGACGAAAGCUGAGAAGAUAGCGACCGAGGAAGAAAACCCGCCCAAGCGCCGGAGUUCCAGGCUGACCAGAAGCACUCGUUCAAUGGCAGAGGAUGGGUCCCCAUCGCCGGAAAAGGAGAAGCCCGAAAAGCUGCCCUUUAUUAAAUACAAGGGUGCUAUUAAGUACUAUACCGAGAGCCAGGAUAUUGCAGCAUCUGCUGACGAUGUUUUGCAAUGGGUGGAAAAGCAGAAAGAUGAGGUAGUGCCAAUGGCCUUUGACAUGGAGUGGCCCUUCUCUUUCCAAACCGGACCUGGAAAGUCUGCCGUCAUCCAAAUAUGCGUGGAUGAAAAGUGCUGCUACAUAUACCAGCUGACCAAUCUCAAGAAACUUCCCGCGGUCCUAGUGGCCCUUAUCAAUCAUUCCAAAGUGCGACUGCAUGGCGUGAACAUAAAGAACGAUUUCCGAAAACUGGCACGAGACUUCCCCGAGGUUUCCGCUGAACCGCUGAUAGAGAAAUGCGUUGACUUGGGUGUUUGGUGCAAUGAGGUCUGUGAGACCGGCGGGCGCUGGAGCCUGGAGCGACUAACCAACUUUAUAGCCAAGAAGGCCAUGGACAAAAGCAAGAAGGUGCGCAUGAGCAAGUGGCAUGUCAUUCCGCUGGACGAGAAUCAACUGAUGUACGCUGCCAUCGAUGUCUAUAUUGGUCAGGUGAUCUAUCGCGAAUUGGAACGGCGCGAAAAGGCCAAGAUCAUAAAUGAAGAAGAGUUCAAGGAAAAGAACGGAGAGGCGGCCUUUAAAGCAAUGAAAACAUUGGGCGAGACAUUUCUGAGCAAGAUCAAUGAGGUCACUUUGUAAGCUUUUCUUAUAAGUUACAGAUAUGCCAUCUAUUGCUUAUUUCCUUUUUAAAAGUUUACUCUUCUUUUCGGGAGUUUUUCUUAGUAUAAUUUGUUCUCAACGUGCUGAAAAAUAAUUGUUAAAUUUAAUAUUGCUUACCAAUUCGAUUAUUGAUUAGAAUUAACAUUUAUAGUAUUGUAUAUACCUAAAUGUACAAAUUAGAAACAAAUUUUUAUGCAAAAUUUUACUAGAUUAUACAUUUUCAUUGAAUUAUUUACCGAUCCUAGUUGGGUUUCGAAUUCCCAUUAAAUUAGUUUAGGAUUGUACAGUUUUCUACAUUUUUCAACUUGCAAUAAAUUUUAAU